UACUAAUUAUUUUUAAAUAGACUCCCACCCAGGUAUAUAAAUAGCUUGUUAUCUCAAGCAAAGCAAUAAGGUCAGGACGCAAUUCCUGCUUUUUCUUCAUUCCCCUUCCGGCCCCUUUUCCGGCUUCGGGCUAAACUGAACGUUUUAUUUGCGGCACUGAAAACUGAGUUUUGAAUUUCUAGUUUGUAAGUUAACAAGGAGUUUUUCCCCCUACUCCAUUCAUUCUUGCAGCCAUGGCAGACGAGAAAGCUCAUGCUGAACAGAACCGCCAGGACGCCGACCAAAACCAAAACCAGAAUCAAAAUCCUCCUCCGGCGCAGCCCGGUCGGGGGGGGUUAGACGCCUUCUCCAGGCUGCCGUCGGCGGGUUUGAUCUUCCUCGGCUUCAACACGGCGGUGGCGGUCUAUCGGGCGAGGGACAACCCAUGGCUGGUGUCCUUCGUCGUCCUCUCCUUCCUCGACCUGCUGCUCCUCUUCUACUGCCUUCACCUGCACGAAGCCGCACCGCGCAAUUCCCCGCGGCGGCGCCAUCUCAGAACCGCAGUGUGGUUUCUCGCCUCUUUCUUAACUGUGAUGUUCUCCUACAGAGUGGCGGCAAUGAUGCCUCUCCCUGUUGCGGUACUCGUCUGGGGCGCCGCGGCCCUCACCGUCGGCCUCGGCUUCUACUGGUUUUUCAUCAACACUCCCGACGCCGACAACCAAAAGCAGCAGCCGAAAAAGCUCGGAAGGCCGUAGAAUCGCACGGAUCGCUGUACCCGUCCAGUUUCGGUAGCCCUGGAUAGCCGACGUAACAGAGAUCGGCUUUAGGAUGCCGUCCAGUUUCGGUAGCAGCCCUGGAUAGCCGACGUAACAGAGAUCGGCGGCUUUAGGGUGCCGCUGCAUAGAUGGGUACGGCGAUCCGUGUAUCUGGAUGUCAUACAUGCAUCAUUCAAGGGGGCUCGGAAAAAGUCUUUCACAACCCAAACAUCUAAAGAUGCAUCACAUGCGUGCUUUUGAUUGGUGUGUUACUUGAUCUAUAUGGAAUUGGGCAUUACAAAGGAGACUGGGAGCUGAUGGCUAUUUACCCAGUAGGAGCUCGCACAUGCAUGAAACUCAAUUCCGUGUGUGUUUGAUUUGCCGCUGCACUCGCUAGCACACAGGUGGACAAACUGGACGAACUUAGACGCUCGAUUGCAGCCAAAAGGAACGAGAUCAACCUAAGUCGCUGAACUAUCAAAGCGUAAAAUCCUACUUUCAGUUCACAGUUAAGCCUCUGAACAAGAAAAUCAGAAAAUCCUUCUUCCAGUUCACGGGGAUUCAAGCGGAGCUCUGGUUAGGCGGUAACCCAACGGCAUAAGGCUUUCUCUAUAGGCCGUCUACGUUGACUCUCCGUAAAUGAAUGAUAUUGCAAUAUGAAUAUCAAGAAAAUUGGAACGGCAAUGGACCCCCUAGUGCUUGCACGUUCAGAAGACGUGUAUGACAUCCAGAUGAACCUACUAUAGUACUAUUCCCAGAAACAAAAAUUAAUCUUCCGAACCAACCCUACGCACUGGAAUAGUGCUAGCAAAUUCAAAAUCCUAAUAAACAAAUUUCUUCAAUCUACAUCUUGUAUCUCUCUCAUUCAGAUGGGAGGCCCAAUUGCACUGUCCAAGAAGAGCAUAGUAAUUGCUAGGCCUUUGUUGGUCUUUUUAUUAUGUUAAGAAAACUCAGGAUCUGUAAAUCUCAAAUGUAUAUUAAUUUAAGUGCAAAGCUGCUGAUUAUCCCUAGCUAUUUGAUUUUACUUUUGUGUA